ACUCUGACUGGACUGGAGGCAUAAACAAGGAAAACAAUUGGGAAGUGACAGUGAACACCGUACCUAGACAUACUGGACAUGGCCUGGUGUUUCAAGAGAUGGUGGAGGACGAAGAUAAGGAGUGGAAUCCAAAGGAAAGAGUUGGCUCUAGAUCUAGAAGCAGGCGAAGUUGGAUCUGGAACCAGUUCUUUGUCAUCGAGGAGUAUGCUGGCCCUGAACCUGUUCUCAUCGGAAGGCUGCACACUGACAUGGAUAGAGGUGAUGGACGCACUAAAUACGUGCUUCGAGGCGAAGGGGCAGGCUCAGUGUUUGUGAUUGAUGAAAAGACAGGAAACAUCCAUGUGACCAAGCCCUUGGACAGGGAGGAGAAGGACGAGUAUCGGCUGAUUGCCACAGCAACAGACAGCCAGACUGAGCAUGCUUUGGAGCCCUCUUCCCAGUUCAUCAUCAGGGUGCAAGAUAUCAAUGACAAUCCACCUGUCUUCGAGGAUGGGCCAUACAGCACCACUGUCUCUGAGAUGGCCAACAUAGGCACGUCUAUUAUCCAGGUAACAGCGACUGAUGCAGAUGACCCAACCUAUGGAAACAGUGCUCGUCUGGUCUACACAUUGGUGCAAGGCCAGCCUCAUUUUUCUGUAGACCCACAGACUGGUAUUUUGCGCACAGCAGUCCCUGACCUGGAUAGAGAAACUCAGGACCAGUAUCUUGUGGUUCUUCAGGCUAAAGACAUGGGCGGUCAUCUUGGAGGGCUUUCUGGAACCACAACUGUUACUGUAAAGCUAACAGAUGUCAAUGACAACCCACCCCAUUUCAUAAAGAGCUCUUGGUUGUUCUCUGUCUCUGAGUUGGCUGCACCGGGGGCGGAGGUAGGCCGGAUCUCAGCAACAGAUGCUGACUUGGGAGAGAAUGCCAAGCUGGAAUAUACCAUCCUGGAGGGGGAGUCAGGAAACACUUUUAACAUCACUGGAGAGAGACAGGAGGCUAUCAUUAUUCUAAAUAAGGCUGUUGAUUAUGAAAGUCGAAGCUCAUAUUCCUUCUCUGUGGAAGUGCUUAACCCAACUGUGGAUCCUCGCUUCCUGCGCCGUGGUCCUUUUAAGGACCGUGCCUUAGUUCGGGUGGCUGUACUAGAUGCAGAUGAACCCCCACAUUUCUCAAGAAUUCGUUAUCACAUGGACGUGUCAGAGAACUGCCCUCCAGAAUGUACUGUGGGGCGGGUUAGUGCUGUGGACCCCGACACUGGAAUCAGCAGCAACAUCAGGUACUCCAUUGAUCCCCAGUCAGAUCCUGAGGCUUUGUUUCGCAUUACCCCAGACACUGGGUUUAUCACCACAACAAUGGAGCUGGACCGUGAACAUGAGCAGUGGCACAAUAUUACCAUCAUUGCCACACAAAGAGACAACCCCAGUCAAGUGUCCAGAGUGGUGGUGGCUAUAGAGACACUGGACUUAAAUGACAAUGCUCCAGAACUGGACCGACAGUACAGCACAGCCAUGUGUGACUCUGCUUCAGUUGGACAGGUGGUGCAGGUGUUGAGAGCAAUCGACAAAGAUGAGGGCGGAAAUGACAGCACUGUUCAUUUUAACAUUUCUCCAGAAUCCAGUGCUGCACUCAAUUUUACCAUCAGAGAGAGUGGAGGUCCCACUGCAAGCCUGGUGCUAAUAUCACCCCUCCACACACUCUCCCGGUCUUCCUUUUCGUCUCUUACAUUUUAUGUUCCACUGAUAAUCAGGGACGCAUCCUCAGGUCUGACAAGCACAGGGACAGUCACAGUGUCAGUGUGUCCCUGUCUGAGAGGAGGUGCACAGGCUGGGGAAAAAGAAAAGCAGAGCCAUGAGGAAUGGGACAGGGAAACUGUUUGUCUGCUCCAACAAUCCUCCCUGCCCUCUCCAGGACUCAGCACAGCUGCACUGCUGGCAAUUUUGGCAUGCGGAGCCACACUUCUGGCUGUCAGUGCUCUGUCUCUGGCCCUACGUAGACAAAAAAGAGACUCCCUUUCUCCUCUGGAAGAGGACGAUGUGAGGGAAAACAUUAUCACAUAUGAUGAUGAGGGAGGUGGUGAAGCAGACACUGCUGCCUUUGACAUCACAGCGCUUCAGAGUGCCCCCCACAGUGCUCACAGGGGAUACCGCACCCUUGACAGCAGAAAUAUACGCUACUCUCAGCGUGGCCAAGAUAAAUCACAAACAUACAGCAACUGGACCCAAUCAGCAGCUCUGGACAGUGGACAGUACCCCAGCCAUGCUCCACUUUACAGUGGUCUGUGUUACAGCAGCCAGACUCUCCCUGUGGUUCGUCGUUCACAGGGUCCCUACGAGUCUAGUCUGGCUGAACUAGGAUAUCACUUUCCUGGAGGUCAGCUAGAUCAUUCACUCGUAAUACAGAAUAAAGGAGCAAUGGUGUCUACAGGGGCCUUGUACAUGGGACCUGGAGAAAGAAGCUACAGCUCCAAAGAAAUAGCUACACCCCAAGAUGGAGCCACCAUAUCUGAAGAAGAAACGCCACAAAAACAUGAUUCCAAGGAUGAUUUGGGCAGUAAUGCCCAGCUAAGCCAAGAUCUGAACUGGGCAUAUGUCAGUGUGAAAGCUCUUGAAGCAGUUUUUCUCCUUGGUAAGGCAGAGAGCCGUAGGCUCAUCCUAACCCACUCUGACCUUCUUGCUCCCUCCCAUCCCCAACAGGUGCAGUCAGAUUUGGCCCCUCGUGAAUUGGUGCUGACCCGCUCAGGCUCACUGGCACAGCCUGUCGUUUCACGUGGAUGGGUGUGCGAUUCGGCCAUGAUACCUGAGACAGGGUGGCGGUCCUCACAUGGUCAACUUUCACCAAAAAAGAAUGCAGUUGGAUCCAUGGAUGUCACAAAUGGUACAAACAAUACCAUGCCAUUUCUCAGCUGCAGUUAUGCCACCUUUCUGCAGGGUGAACAGCAGAAGGAUGACAUAGGCAGCUUAGGCCAAGGAGGUUUGGAAAUGGGAAGUAGUUUUAUGAUGGCAAGGUCAGAGGGAGGAAUUCCACUGUGCAUCCCAGAGGGCAAACAAUUAAUGAAUGACUGGCAGGACCAGAAGGGAUUGGGGGGUUAUGGCCUGGUCAGAAGAGAUAUGGUGCCCCAGCUGCUGCCCCACCCUGGACAAGGUCGUGGGGCAUUUAGUCGGAUUCUAGGAUAUGGAGGAGCUUGGCCCACUGUGCAUGAGGCAGUUGGAAGAAACAGGCCAAGAGGAGGUAGUCAGUCUCUGGCUUUAAGAGUGGGCGAGUUUCUACGGCUACGCCUGGCACAGGUGACCUUUGAUCCGACUCAGCCACCAUAUGACUCUGUGCAAGUGUAUGGGUUGGAGGGCACAGGGUCAAGAGCUGGAUCACUUAGUUCCCUAGAAAGCGAGGGAGACAAAGAAGCCAACAUCGAGGAGUGGGGUGGUGCACUGGAAGACUGGGGUCCAAGGUUUCACAAACUAGCCCAACUUUUCCAAGAGAGGGAGAAAGAGGACAAAACUGAAAAGGAAAAGGGGAAGGCAAAAGAAGUAGCCCAAAAACAAAAUGAUAAAAAGAAAGAAGAGAAGGAGGAGUAAUUUGGAAAUGGAAGGAAAGACAAAGACUGAAAUUAGAGAGUGGGUAGUGGUUGAAAGAGAAGUGGGAUUAAAUAGCAUCCAGUGCCAAAUUAUUGGAGAGAGAAAGAGAGCGCAACAUGAUUGAUGCAAUUUAAAGCAAUAAGUGUUGAGAAGCAG